UCCGAGCUGAUCUUAAGCUAUCAUUUUUAUACCUUCAGGAACCAAUUACUUAAUGUCUCUUCCGUCUUUUUCCUUCCCCGACCCCCUCCCAGACUCCUUCAUUCCGGCACUGCGUGGACGGAAAGCCCCGGGUAGCCGACACCACGUCCCCGGCUAGCGAGAGGGAGCGUAGAGAAGGAUUCCUCCCAACUGUUUAAAUCCAACGGCUCCUGCUGCCUUUCUCCACAGCUAGACCCAGCCAGCCUAGAGAGUUGGGCUACGGAAAAAAACUAGUGUUUUCCUUUAAUUGGAUAUGAAGAAAGAACAAAUAAGUACGGGGGCAGCCACGAUCUUUAUAAAAGAACAUAAGUUCCAGGAAAGCAGGAACCUUGUCUCUCUUGUUCACUGGUGUAUCCUCUGCAUAUAGAACAGUGCCUGGCAAAUAAUAGGUGCUGAGUUUUGCUUUAAAGACUUAUCAGAAGACACUGCACUUGUUAUACCACGGCCAGGACUUCAUAAUUCAAUAGAUCUCCAGAAGGCAGCCAGCUGAGGAAUAUCACAGGAGUGGAGUCUCCUGGUGAAUCAGCAGGCCUAAUAAGCAUUACCAUCUAGUUUGCAUAAAAGUCGUAAUAGCUUGAAGAAUUAUCUCAUAAGCUCCUCCUACCUCAUAGAUAUUCAAAUCCAUUUUUUGAAAAAGCGUGUUCUAGCAUCCUCAACUAUCUAAGAUACUUUGGACUUUGCUUAUUGAUGGAAGCUAUAAAGUCUAAGACCAAUUGUGCCCAGAAUCCAAAUUGUAACAUAAUGAUAUUUUAUCCAACCAAAGAAGAGUUUAAUGAUUUUGAUAAAUAUAUUGCUUCCAUAGAAUCCCAAGGUGCUCACCGAGCUGGCCUGGCCAAGAUCGUUCCACCCAAGGAAUGGAAAGCCAGACAGACCUAUGAUGAUGUCAAUGACAUGGUAAUAGCCACUCCACUCCAGCAGGUGGCAUCGGGGCGAGCAGGCGUGUUCAUCCAAUACCACAAGAAGAAGAGGGCCAUGACAGUGGGGGAAUACCGCCUGCUGGCCAACAGUGAACAGUAUCAGACCCCACCACACGUGGAUUUCGAGGAUCUGGAGCGGAAAUACUGGAAAACGCGCCUGUACGAUUCGCCCAUCUAUGGCGCUGACAUCAACGGGUCCCUGUUUGAUGCCAACACUAAGCAGUGGAACCUUGGCCACCUGGGAACCAUCCAGGACCUGCUGGAGCAGGAGUGCGGGCUCGUGAUCGAAGGCGUGAACACGCCCUACCUGUACUUUGGCAUGUGGAAGACCACGUUCGCCUGGCACACGGAGGACAUGGACCUUUACAGCAUCAACUACCUGCACUUCGGGGAGCCCAAGACGUGGUACGCGGUGCCCCCCGAGCACGGCCAGCGGCUGGAGCGCCUGGCCAGGGAGCUGUUCCCGGGCAGCUCCCGGAGCUGCGAGGCCUUCCUGCGGCACAAGGUGGCCCUCAUCUCGCCCACUGUCCUCAGGGAGAACGGGGUCCCGUUCAGCCGCAUCACCCAGGAGGCUGGCGAGUUCAUGGUGACGUUUCCCUAUGGCUACCACGCCGGCUUCAACCACGGCUUCAACUGCGCGGAGGCCAUCAACUUUGCCACCCCGCGCUGGGUGGACUACGGCAAGGUGGCCUCUCAGUGCAGCUGCGGGGAGGCCCGGGUGAGCUUCUCCAUGGACGUGUUUGUGCGCAUCCUGCAGCCCGAGCGCUAUGAGCUGUGGAAGCGCGGGGAGGACCGCGCUGGCGUGGACCACGUGGAGACCAGGGCGCCGGGCAGCCAGGAGCUGAGCACCUUGAGGGAGAGCCGGGCGGCCUGGAGGUCAGUGCUGGGCCUAAGGCACCUGCCUCCGCGGCGGGCCAUGCUCACCCCUCGAUCAGUGGGCACGGGCCGUGGGUCCCGCCGCCAACGCGGCAGCCGGGCCCCUGUGCUCCAGCCAUCCCUGGGCCCCUGGCCAGCCCCGGGUUCUGCCUCCACCGCCCAACUUGCAGUCUUCUGCUCCAUUAAGCCCGACUCAUCAUCCUCACAGCCAACCUCUGGCCCAUCUGCCCAGGAUCUCCAGCCAACUGGCACACGUGGUCGUGGUCGUGGUCGUGGUCGUGGUCGAGGUCUAGGUCGUGGUCGUGGUCAUGGUCGUUGUCCUCCUAGGGAACAGGGGACUCAAGAGUCUAUUGUUAAGGCCCCGGCUAAGAGGCGCCGCCUAGUGAGCACAGUGCACACAGCUCCGGAUCCCCAAGUCUAGCCUGUGCCCGAGGACAGACCUUCCAUGGACAGCCCAGCACCGCUGGUCCCAGCAUCCUAAGGUGGCUUUUGGGUGCUGCUGUGUUCCCGACCCCUAAACCUAGGGGACAUUUACCUUUGUUCUCCAUGCUCUUUUGUGUGGAGAUUCAUUGAGCCUGGCCACAUCUACAUCUCAAAGCUGUAAGCAACUUUGUAAGUCAUUGGUCUUAAAUGAGAGCUCCCUGGUGUUGCCUGUGGACAGGCUGAGUCCUGGUAUUUAACGGGAUCGCUACAGUUUGUUCCUCCUUCCAGACCCUGGAAUGUCUUUGGACACUGCUAACUCCUGUGGCCAGCUGAGCUUUCACCCACUGGACAUCCGUGUCUUGUGCACCCCGAAGGUUCUGCUGAGUUUGCCAAAGACUGAUCGACCCCAGACUCCCAUCCUCUGGAACAGCUUGGAUGUUGCCCAUCUUCAGACGAAUCCUGGGCUUUGGUUCGCCUCCAGUUUACCUCCCUUUUCUUCCUUUCCCUGCCCCCUUCCCCCCUUUCAUGCUAAACCAGGCCCUUUUGACCAAUUAGGUCAGCAGAGGCUCAAAAAUCAGUUAUGAUCUUUCUGAGUCAUUGAUAUGUUUAAAAUGCUAUCACCAGUAUUUGUUCACAAAUAUAUUAAAGGUAACUGAUAUCUGACUUUUUUCUAGUAUUGUUCAUUCAACCAAUUGAGGGUUUGAGAUUACUGUUUUCUGCACUUGUUCUUACUAAUUAUAUAAAAACAUUUUAAACAAAACAUAUUCUCAUGGCCUAGUAAAAUUGUGUGGAGUUGGUGAAUGAAGUGGUGAUGGUUGUUGGGUUCUGCCUGACCGCCUGGCUGGGGAAUUGGGUGUACAGACAUUAUCUUAAGGGUGACUUGGUGGUGGAAAUCAUUUGGCACUUGGCUGAGCAGUAGUACCGAGUUGCUGGGAGAGAUGAGCAAGCAGAGGACAAAAAUACAAAUUUUUUCUCUUCAAGUCUUCUUACUGUUUCAAGUCUAUAUGUACAUAUUUAUUUUUAUAUUUUUAUUGAUUUCA